UUAGGCUGCUGUCAGUGAGUGGGAUUAAGGUCAGCAAUCGAGAAUUCUACUUUUUCAGACCAUGUUGGUUCACUAUUUCCCAACAGUGGUGCACUUCCUGUAUGCGUUGAUUUAGCCCGGAAAUAUCGUCUCCUCCGCGUAAUCCACCUGUGGAUCAGUUCAGUCGCAAACUUAUGCUAGUACGAUGCAAAGCGUUUAAUAGUUUUUAGCGGCACAUUACUUCGUCGAGUAGGUUAUGGCUAGUUUGAGGGAAGUCGGACUUGUGGGCGCCGCUGUGGCUGUCACUGGUGGACUGGUGUAUAUCGUGUGGAAUUUGUUGUAUGCUUCAGGAAAAAAGAAGCCCGAUAAAAAAGACGAAUCCCCACCGAAGCUAGAGAAAAUACAAGCAGUAAAGGCAGAUGAAACCUCGCAGGCACCAGUACAAGCACCAGUAGUGUUAGAGACACAGCCAGCCAAGCCAAAGGGUACUUGGGUACUCGUGGUUGGACUGGAGGGAGCUGGGAAGACGAGUGUGCUUCACUGCUUUGCCACCGGGUCUUUGGAACAGGAUGUCACCCCAACAGAGGGCUUCAAUGCCGUCUCUAUCAACAAAGAAGACCUUCAGAUCGAAUUUCUCGAGAUCGGGGGCACUGAGAACCUGCGAGCCUACUGGCAGAAGUAUCUGUCCAAGGCACUGGUGCUACUUUAUGUGGUGGACUCGACUGACAAGGCCCGCUUUCCCAUCGCUAAGAAGCACUUGCAUGAGCUGCUGUCCUCAGACUCCCAUCUGCCCUUAGUGGUGCUGGCCAACAAACAGGAUUUGGCUGGCGCCUGCGGUAUCACUGACCUCCAUGAAGCCCUGGAUCUUGGUCUAGUUGGUGAAGAGCGAAAACUCUUCCUCAUCGGCACGUCCGUGAGGAAGGGUGAGCGGCUGAACUCGGGCGUUGAGGACGCUCGAAAUUUGGUCAUUCAGAUGGUGGCACCUGACUGCUAGACUUGGCAGUCAUGUAAGUAGCACAUGUGCCUACAGUUAACAGAGUGUUAAACUACAGGUGUGCUGGCUAACCGCUAAAUAAUGGUGGUGGCACACCAGCAUGACACAUUAAAGAAUUUUGUUUAGUCACUUAAAUUAUGUUUGGAGUUGUAGAGGUGCUCUGCACAAUAGCACAACAGGUUGCUAUAGAAAAACGACUCCGUUUGAGUUGACUGUUGCCUAGUUAGAGGAUGACCAAAAUGGUUUAUGUUUAAGCAUUAUGCGAGUCAUAUCAUAAACAGCAAUACCUUAUGGUCCACUUGGUCAGUCUCUUUUUUUAUUUUUACAGUAUCCUCAUCCAAACGAGAGAAUAUGUGUUACUUUGUUUGUUUUCCUGAAUGUAAACAGUGGCUUAAAGGAAAGUGGUAUCACAUGCUUCUGUCUCAUAGUGAGGUUGCAGAGGUUUCCAAGUGAAAGCAGUUUGUCCAAAAAUGAUUUCAUUUUCUAAGGGCCUUCUCUUACUGUGGACAUUUCUUUUUCAAGCUUUGAUAUUGAUUACUGUAUUCACUUUUGGAAUGUGGAAUAAUAUUUGUUGGCAAUUUCGCCAUGCA